AUGUCCAAACUCAGUUGUUUGUUUGUGCUACUGAGUUGUUGCUCUCUGUUGGCCUGGGCAGAGCCACGCCUUCAGCAGCAGCAGCUGCAGCAGCAGCUCAAGUUGAAGCAGUUCAAUCAAAUGUCCUCAACUCAGCAUCCGUAUCUAUUUCUAACCAUACCACGUGGUCGAGCCAAUGCGGGGGCUGUGGUCCAAGGUUUCGAGAUUGUCGAAGAGCCCGAGGAUGACGACGAUAAUGAACUUGAUGACCAAUUGGACUUGGCCCACAAUGAUGAUGAUCUCGACGAUGAUAAUGACGAUGAUGAAGACGCCCUUGCUGACGAUGACGAACAUGAAGAAUCACAGAUGAACCGGCAACAUAAUAAAUUCGCCCGCCACGGUCAGUUGGUGUUCCUUAAUGCUGCCAACCCUGAUAACGAUGUGGACGACGAUUCGGACGAUGUGGAUGAACCAGUUGUUCCCGUCUUGCGCAAGGCUCCGUCCGCCAACUCAGCCAAGCUAACCCAGGCCAAGCCCACCCAGAUGAUGGUGGCCCGCGAUCAGGCCGGUGCCAUUAUGGUGCCCGAUGGCAUUAUCGAAAUCGAGGGCCAAAGCGUUGUCGAUGAGAAGACGGGCAAAGCUGCCCUCCUAGUCCCACGUGCCGCCCUCGAUGCCAUACCCGACGGUGCUGUUGUUGCCCUCAUGGAACGCUCCGCUGUGAUCGAUCCCACCAACGGCGAUCGUGAAGAGGAGCGCGCCAACCGCGUGACCGUGCGUCGCCGCAAGACCGGAGGACGUCGCAAUGUCCGACUCCGUCGUCGUGGUGGCAACAAUUCCAAUCGUCGUCGCCGUGUCAAUGGCGGCAAUCGCAGACGCGGUGGUGGCAACCGCCGACGCAAUGUUCGAGUUGUUCGUCCUGGACGCGGAGGCUCUGGCGGUGGUCAACGUCGCCGUCGUCGCAACGGUCAGGUUGUGCUUCAGGGCUAG